AUGUCAAAUAGGGUAGCUCCCAAUCUUAUACCCCCGCGCACAAGUUCAACAGGUGUCACCAAGCCCGUCGCUGAAGAAGAGUGGCUUGCCUCUUCUGCUAGAAAGUCUUGUCCUGGGCCAACCAGAUACCAGCGAGGAAAGCCUGCCGAAGCCAUGUGGACAGAAACAAAGGAGAAUAUCGUGCUGGGGCCGUACAGCUAUAUGGUCAACCAGCCCGGUAAGGAUAUCCGAGGACAACUGAUCGCUGCGUAUAAUCGAUGGCUGCAGGUCCCAGAGGAAAGCCUUACGGUCAUUACCAAAGUCGUGGUGAUGCUUCACACCGCUUCGUUACUUAUUGAUGACGUGGAGGACUCUUCCCACCUUCGCAGAGGAGCUCCAGUCGCACAUAACAUCUUUGGCAUUCCGCAGACUAUUAACUCUGCUAACUAUGUGUAUUUCCUGGCCUUGGAGGAGAUUCAGAAGCUGAAAAACCCUGAAGCUAUCAAUAUCUUCGUCAAUGAGCUUAUGAAUUUGCACCGUGGCCAAGGCUUGGACCUCUACUGGAGAGACACCCUGACCUGUCCCACUGAAGAAGACUACCUGGAAAUGGUCGGCAACAAGACCGGCGGUCUGUUCAGACUGGCUAUCAAGCUCAUGCAAGCGGAAAGCAGCGUUCCUAUAGAUUGUGUUCCCCUUGUUGACCUGAUGGGGCUGAUGUUUCAGGUCUGCGAUGACUAUCUCAACCUUUCCAACCCAACCUAUAGCAAGAACAAAGGCCUUUGCGAAGAUUUGACGGAGGGAAAGUUUUCUUUCCCCGUCAUUCAUAGCAUUCGAUCGCAACCUGAAAACCGCCAACUUAUCAACAUUCUCAAGCAAAAGACCAAUGAUAACGAGGUCAAGCAGUACGCUGUGAAAUACAUGGAGAACACCGGGAGCUUCGAGUAUACCCGCAAAGUGGCAGUCGAGCUCCGUGACAAGGCUUUUGUCCUCAUCGAUGAGCUAGAACGUACCUUUUCACUGAUACCCGGUCAGGGAGAAGCAAAUGCAGAGGCUGCAAGUGGCAGCUUGGUGCGCGCUAUUCUUAAUCGAAUCAUUGAUCCAGUCCUGAUGGACCACGGAGAUAAAUGA